UGUGUCACUGAAUUCCUUCAUGUGGAAAAAAAAUGGCACGCAUUGACAUCCAUCCAUGUUUGGUGAUUUAUGGAGACCGAACAGUGAUGUGAGCACCAUGAGGUGGUGCAUUAUAGCAGUGACAACAGCGAUGUGAAAGAUAAGCCAUGUUCCCAAUGGACAGAUUUAUGAGUGAGGCAUGCAGGCUCUUGUUCAUCACUGGUGAAAGCGCCUCGCUGAUGGUGGUAACUAUGCUGAAAAAUAGCGUUAGUAGCUGAGAAUUUGCUCUGUCAAAUAACAUUAUUGUGUUUUUCAUCACUACUGUAGUUUCCAUGAACAUAAAUAGGAAGCAUUAUUUUCAGAGCAAUCUACGCAGAAUAGGAACACCGACUUUCUGCCUUUAAUUCUGUUCAUCUUCUGUCCUCUUGUGGAGCAGGUCACUUUAGCCAGUGGUGCAAAUUUGCCAAGCUGGUUGGACUUCAAUCCCAACACGAACAUGCUGCAGGGACUGCCAAUGACCGGGGAGAGUGGAGAGUACCUGCUAAGCAUUACUGCCUCUGGAAGAAAGUGUGCCCAGGCAGCUGCUGUAAAGCUCACCAUCCAUGUUCAGGACAGCAUUUUAUUCCUGGACACAGAGAACAGCUUGAACCACAUACCAAACAGCCACCAGUGUGGGAAGGAAGUUCCCAUCACUUCUGCUGAAAUCAUUCUCUCCACUGGAGCCAAAACCCUGGAAGCACGGGAACGCCUCUACAUCGUGUACACAAUCGCUGAAUACCUCCAUCUGGAUUCCUCCCUAGUAACCCUGUUGCAAUACACAGACGUGGUGCACAGAAACUUGCAGAACCUGACUGUGCUGGCCAGAGCCACUUCGCACAUUGAUUUCACAGUGAACCGUUACGUAGGACUCAACUGGCCUGUCAAGUGUGGAGAGCUUGCUGUGCUCCACGAAUUCGUUCAAGUCCUACAACACAACAUUGAUUCACAGCAUCUCUCACAACUCCUAGGAUAUGAAAUUUCAGGCUGGAGAAUACUUAGGAGAGGGAGUUACAAAAAAAAGCCUCCAAGACAACAACGCAGGCAAUUAAUGAUCACACCAACACCUACAUUGAAGGUAACUAGAAUUACCCAGAGACCAGCUGCACUUGCUCCCCGUCCUUUGUUCUCCGCUGUGCCAAGUCGUUUGCUCUUACAACUUGCUGUAUCACCUACCCAAAGUUUAUAUAAAGAUAGUAUAACAACAAGUUACCAGUUGCAGAAUAAUAUCCAUCCUGUAAGUCAAGAAAGUUUAGUCACCUUAAAAAUGGACUCAGCAUUGGACAUGCCAACUAAUAACCCAAGAGUAGUUGUUAUGUUUGGAGAUACUAGUUCUUCAGAUCUUUCACCUUCUCUGGUUCCUAAAUCAAUGCUUCUCUUCACUGAGCAGAAAGCGCUGCCCACCAGAGCUCCUGGCAUGUCCUUGCUGCUACAGCAACCUGAGCCUCACAUGUCUCAGACAGACUUAUAUUUCCAUUUUAGUAAAACAGAAGUAUAUGGAUCCCAUCUCCUAAAGGACAUCACCUCAAAUACAGACCUGCUUCCCAGAUCCACGUACCCUCUGAUGAUAAAUACUCUUCAUGAGCAGCCCCAUACCUUGACAGAGGCACUUUCUUCAAAGACAGAACGUCAUGUAUUUUUGCCACAAGAAAUAUCAACAUCAGAAAUGCCAGAUUACAGUGAUAAGGCAAAAAGCCACUUUCCAAAAUCUGAAAUGCUUUCUUGUGCAUCUCUGUCUCUAGAGAGGCUUCAGUCUCUAUCCCCAAACACUUUGCUAAUAGCCACAGCUUCAUCUGAUUUCACAUUUCCCAUCAAUUAUAUAUUUCCACCUUCACCAGCAAAUAGUAGCCCAAGCCAGGAGUUAGCUCAUGGCCAUGAACUAUUAUCCAAGUCUUCUGCAACUAUGUCAUCAUCCUAUAGGCUUCUAUUUAUUGAAGGGAAAAGCACAGUUUCUUCCGUGAUCCAAUCAGAAGCACAGAUCCUCUAUCCCAAACUGAAUUUCCAUACUGAAAUCUCAGCCUGCUUUUCUAGCUCUUCUUACAGCCCUUUCCCUGGUGAAGCUAAAACAUCUUAUGAAUCAAGUCUGCUCAUUCUAUCCCAUCCUGAUAGCACUCCAGUUCUUACUCUUACACCACCAAUUGCACAUUCUACUUAUGGUGGCAGCAUGCUCAAAACACAGAUGCAGUCUCCAAGUAUUUUAUCCACAAAGUUGUUGCACUCAGGCAGAGAUCUGGGAACACGAAUGAUUUUGCCAAACAUCACUGCGCCCACCCUGGAGUCGCACAAAAUCUCAGAUGUUGUAGCUGAUGCCAUAGAAGUACCCCUGGUGAAUUUAUUUACUACCACGUCUCAUCCGUUCAACAGUGUGCCAGGUAUGCUUUAAGAUUUAACUUUCUUUUCAUUUUAUUUCCUGCUGGGAGAGUCCUAACAAAAUAGAUAAACAUAAUUUACUCUGCAUCAGCACAACCAUGCUGCGCUUUGGAUACGUCAGCAACAGACUUCCUUGUAAGAGAAAGUAAUUUUAUCUCUCAACUUCGUACAUUUCCCCUAAUGACAACCAGAACCAGCUCUGGCUGUCCUAUCUCAGGAAAGAUAUGGAUCCAUUGAAAAAGAUCCAAAGGAACACAAUGAUGGUCUGAAGACUAGAAAACAUGACAUAAAUGGAAAGAAUUAAUCUAGAAGACUGAGGAAAGAUGCAAGUUUAUGUAACAGCUUGCUGAAAAGAUGAAAGAACUGUUCUCCACAUCCCGUGGGAACAAAAGCAGCGCUAAUGACUCUAUCUUACACUUCAGUUGAUGUAAGUUAAACACUAGAUAAAAUUUCUCAGAGCAAGGAUGAUAAGACAUAAGAUUACUUGGGGAACACUGUGGAACAGUGUAUUAAGAACGCAGCAACAAAUAUUUAUCAGAAAUGACACAAAUGUAGCUGAACAUCCCACAGUGUAAAAAAUUUGACUAUACAUCCUUUAGAGUCCUCCUCCAAAUGCAUGAAUCAGUCAGGCUUAAGUAUAAGCUAGACUUCAAGAGAUAGCACGUUCAUAGGACCAGUUGGGUAAGUCUGCAAGGACUGUCUGAAUCUGCUGCCAUUAUCCCUUUAAAAAGGUAUGUGAUAGAACUUAAAUAUCAAGUAAGUUCAUGCAUUCAGAGCCAAACUCUUCCUUCAUUCUCAAGCAAAGUCACUGCCCCUAUUUUUGUAGAAUUGACCCAGUAAGUGUCUUUCUGAAGUAUUUGCUUUCUAAAGCUCUUCUAGACCUAUUUUAUGCCUAUACCCAGAGUGCAAAACUGCAGCUUGAAAUGUUUAGGUUUGUAAUCAGGUGCCUAAGCAACCAGCUGUGAAAACCCAGAUAGGUAACACAGCACUAACAUGAUACUGCUAUUAACACUUGCAAACACAGACCAUCUAGAGAUUUUCAAAACUCUCUGCUCCUGGUGAGAGAAACUGCCUGAGGAAAGUCUCCAUUGAUUUUCCAAAGGAGAGGUUGAACAUUAUCCAGCCAGGAAAUAUAAUCCUGUUAUUCCCCAAAAUGCUACAUUUUCCAACGCCAUUUUCACCCAAUGUCUAAAAUCUUGAAUUGUGAUUUACAAGUUAUUGACAUAAGUGCCUAAUGUAUCAGAUGUGUAAGGUAUUGCAAGUAUUUUACAACGUUAUUACAGUACUUUUCAUUAUGGUGUUUCGUACUGUAAUAGCUGAGAAAUUGAGACAAAAUACACAAUAUGCCAAAGCCCACUGAAGGACAGAGCAGUUCUGCUGUGGUAUUCCCACUGAAGAAAGGUGCUGAUGUAUUCAAUACCUAUACAGCAAAUCAGUUCCAGAGACAAGAUCAGAAUCCAGCUCACUUUACAGCCAUACAUGAGAUAAGAUUCUAGCAGCAGAAACUCAGAUCCACACUGCUUUCUCCUCCAGCUUCCUUCCCAUGGCUCUAACUUCACUGGCAGAUGCAGGCAAAGAAUUUUUAAAUAGACGCCAUAAAAGUUUUUUUUUUUUUUAAUAUUCCCAACUGUAUAUCAAAUUAUUACAAUAAGAUAUUUUACAUACAUUUAAGCAAUCUUCUGCCUAACACUGUAAUAAACAGUACCUUGUUUUCACAGAGCUGAUUCUGACACUACCACCAUCACACCAGGAUGCAAGCACCUUGCAAUUUCCUACCGAUGAAACGCUACAGUCUACAGAAAGUACAGGAA